GGCUUUAGUUGCCUUAUCCCAGGUAACCAAACAGGUUUUCAAGGGAAAUCCAUCUUUCUUCCCUAUUAAGCCCAUGGAUUACGCACGCUUCCUAGUGAUCUCAAUCGGUACAGGCUGUGCAAAGGUGGAACAUAAAUACAGUGCAAAAAUGGCAGCCAAAUGGGGUGUUUUUCGUUGGUUACUUCAUGAAGAUUCCCCCCACUGGUAGAUGUUUUCACUCAAGCAAGUGCAGAUAUGGUUGAUUUCCAUCUUUCUGUAGUUUUUGGAACUCUUGAUUGUGAAGAACAUUACCUUCGAAUUCAAGAGGACACGUUAACUGGGACAGAAUCCUCCGUUGAUGUUGCUACAGAAGAGAACUUAAACAGACUUGUGGAGAUUGGAGAAAAGUUGUUGAAGAAACCAGUUUCUAGGGUAAAUUUGGAGACUGGUUUCACUGAGCCAGUCAACAAUGGUGGCAAAAAUGAGGAUGCUCUAAAAAAGUAUGGAGGCAAUCAAACAAUUUUUUUUGAAAUUCCAGUUCGUUCUUGGCUACCAAAAAUUAUGGAAAAGACUAUGAUACAAGGGUUAAUUUUCAAAAUCAUAUCAAAAGAUACGAUUUAAUUCAGUAAAGUUGUAAUUCAAUCAAAUGAGGUUACAACAAAAAUGGGG